AUGAAAUUUGGAAAGAAGAGAAAGCUUAGUCCCCGCGAUAUUGGGCUGUGCAGAAUCCUGCGAAGGGUUAGUCAAGUGGCCUAUGAACUUGAGUUGCCACAAGACUUGGUUGCUGUACACCCAGUAUUUCGUUUGUCCAUGUUGAGAAAGUGCAUGGGAAACCCGACGUUUGUUGUCCUGACCGAUAGCAUAAGAAUAAAUGAUAGCUUGACUUAUGAAAGAAGUCUUGUGGAAAUUCCUGAUCGUCAGGUUCGCAAGUUGAGAACGAAAGAAGCUGCCUCAGUGAAGGUAUUAUGGAGAACGAUGCCAAUGGAGAGGAAAGCAACAGCCACCCAGAAGGGCAAGACUGUGGCAGGAAGGCGGACUGAACAGGAGCCACCGGUAAAUAUAGAAGAGGAUGAGUCCCUUAAUGAGUCUCCAUCUCAGACUUCUCAUGCUCUGCCUGUUUUAGAGGAGCGUGAAGGGGCCUCAGCUCCAGCCCCAAUGCCUCCAGUCCCUCCAGCAGGUGCUUAG